AUGUUCAAUUUCAAAUCCAACUCUUGGCUUGACCGAUUCGAAAGCCAAAAUUCUGCGACCGUUCAGGCGCAGGCGGGCCUGGAGAUUGAGGUUGUGGACUUCUCCCCUGGAGGCUUUGUCAUGGGCCACAUUAGCGAGGUGGCACCCGGCCGCUUCAUGCUGGUGGUCUAUAAGCCCGAGGAAGAUGGGGCCAAACCAAGCAACCAGGAAUUGCAGAACCUGCAACAAAACCUGCAGACGUCCGGCAUUCCCUUCCAGGGCUGUUCCCCAGGAGCUGGAUGGGCUGGCAGCCAAACUGGCUAA